AAUUCAUUCAAUUACUUCUUUUGGCUUCUCAAUUUGUUCAAAAUUCAGUUCAAUUGUACUUUAUUGCACACAUUUUCUUGAAAUACAAUAAUUGGUUCUAUAUAGCCAAAAAUGUCUGAAGAAGUCGAGAGUGAAGUAUCUACAGAUAUGUCAUCAAAUGGUGAAACAGAUACUCAAAUAGAAUAUCUAACAAAAGUAAAAGAGGUUGAAUGCGUAUUGGUAAAUUCCUUAAUAGAAAGUGAUGCCAAAUGGAGCUUGUUUGUGACUGCAGCCUACAGUUAUGAUUGUGAAAUAGCAGUAAAACCAUUUCUCCCAGAAUUCAUUACCAGUAUGGAUCAACUAUAUGACAUAAUAUGGAAAACCCCCAACCUAAAACUUUUGCGGUCAUAUAUUCAAGAAAUUGACUACUCAUAUUGUAAAAAGGAAGUUAUAAUAUUAUUACAUUGGAUUUUAAUUUCUUCAAAUUCGCCAAAAUUAGAAAUGAUCAAAAACCCAGACUUCGUGGAAUUUUUAACUCAUAUACAGGAUGGCGGGCCUAUCACUGUGCCUACAUUUGCAUUCAAGAUUAGUUAUGAUGAUGAUAAUGAAGAAAAUGUCAACUUUGAGAACAAAAGUGCAGAAUAUGGCAGUAGGACUGCAUUUUAUACCUGUGAUCCAUAUUUCUUAUAUAAACUCUUAUGUCAUGGUUUCGGGUAUAAUAAUUCUGAAGACCCUAUACGUCUAACAAAUGUAAUUUCCAUCGCAUUGUCAAAAUCGAGACGCACUCCUUGUUGGGGGAAAUCAUGCUGUGGACAAGUCUUGAGAUCAGUAGGUGUUGUGGAAUAUAUUCAAAACGGAAGGUUCAUUCAACACAGACUUCGUACGAAUCCUGAUCGAGUUGAUAUUUACGUUGAAAUUCCUCGGUUAGUUCGAGUACGAUAUAUUCUUUACUACGCAGAACAAUUGCCGCAUAUACCAGAUUCAAUAAAAGACGUCAUAAAGUCAAAGACGUUUCGCAGAAAUUAUAUUUUACAAUUUGGUUGUGUUGUGACUUUAGCAGGGGUUGGAUGUUGUUUGUGUAUAAAACGUUUAGGAUAUUCGUUUAAAAUCAAGGAUGUAUUCAUAUUUGCUUACAAGUCUGUAGGAUUUUCAAGAAUUAAAUGGUGAAUACGGGAUAAGCAUAUAUAUCUUCAAUAUCAUUAAGUUCAAUAUUAAAUGGAAUAAGUUCAAUGUUUGCAGAAUCCAGCAAAUUUUAGAAGAAACUUUAGUUUCAAACUGAAAUGAAACCCUUACGUCUUGUAAGGUUUAAGAUAAAUCAAUGUUUCUCAAGAACUGCAGAUAUUUCAGAAGUAGUGGACUGCUUAUAUAGUAGUAUGUUAGUCAAGAAACCAUAAAUAGAAAAUGGAAUAAUAUGAAACGCAAUUCAGUACAAAAUCAUUUUAAGACUUAAUUUUAAACGUUUUUAAAUCUA